AUUUUUCCUUGCUUAAUUACAAUUCGCAUUUGUUCCAUUUGCAGGAAAGAAACCCUACAAGUGUACUGAAUGUACGAAAUCUUUUACUCAGAGUGGACAGUUGAGAACUCACUCUUUGAUUCAUAGUAAUAAGAAGCCGUUCAAAUGCCCUGUUUGCGACCAGCGGUUCAGGCAUUCGAACCGUAUUUGCAGCAUUCAUAAGCUCAAAGCGGUAAAGGUGGAUACAACGAAUACAAAGAAAAUGGGCAUUAUCAACGAUGAGAAUAAAGAGCCCGGUAAGAUAGAUGUAAAUAAAGUGCUUACCAAGCCUUUUACAACUCAAGAACCUGUAGUUGAUUCCGGACAAGAAGCUGAAGAAAAUGCUGCCAAGCAGAAGAAUGAGGAUGACGGCAUGAUGGCAGUAGAAGAACCGCUCCGCAUGAGCGAUGCAGACGAGCAGUGGUUUAAGCAUUCGGACUGUAUCUCCAACACCCAUGAGCUCAAAAUGGUAAUAAUGGAUAAGAUGGAUACAAAUAAUGACGAUGGAGAAGAAGAUGAAAAAUAUGGUGCCAGGCAGAAGGAUGAGGAUGACAGCAUGAUGGCAGUAGAAGAGCCGUUCCGCAUGAGCAAUGAUGGCGACUCGGACCGCGUCUGCAACAUCCAUAAGCUCAAAACGGUAAGGGAGGGUAGUGUGGAUACAAAUAAAGAGCCCAUUGAUAUCGACGAGAAUAAGGAGCCAGAUAAAAUCGAUACAAAUAAAGUGGCCUUCAAGCCUUCUGCAAGUCAAGAGCCUGUAGUUGAUCCUGGACAAGAAGAUGAAAAAAAUGCUGCCAUGUCGAAGGAUGAGGAUUACCGCAGAAUGGAGGCAGUAAAAGGGCUGCUCCUUUUGAGAAAUGGGCAUGACUCGAAAGAAAUGUAGAGCAACGUCCAGCAACGACGCAGAAUUUUUCAAAUAAACUGGUGAAAUGAUUGAAUUGGUGAAUCAAAUGAAUCAGAAUUUUCCAAAUGAAUCGUGAAAAACAUUGUAUAAUUGUUAUUGAUUAUAAAAGAUUUUAAAGCAAUGCCAGUUUUACAUUAAAUAAAGAACUCUUGGUGAA